GAGCCCCCCUGAGGGGCAGCUCGCACGCACUCGAGCCCGGCCCCGCUGCUCCGCCAUGCGGGCGCUGCGGGCCGGGCUGACCCUGACGCUGGGCGCGGGGCUCGGCGCUGCAGCCGAGAGCUGGCGGCGGCGGCAGGAGGACGUGCGGCAGGCUCCCGGGCUGCUGGGCCGGCUGCCGGUGCUGCCCGUGCUGCCCGUGGCGGCGGCGGCUGAGGCGCCCGCCGUGCCCGGGGCGCCGGUGGCCCGGGGCCCCGGUGAGCUGGCCAAGUACGGCCUGCCCGGGGUGGCGCAGCUCAAGAGUCGGGAGUCGUACGUGCUGUGCUACGACCCGCGCACCCGCGGGGCGCUCUGGGUGGUGGAGCAGCUGCGGCCCGAGCGGCUCCGCGGCGAUGGCGACCGGCGCUCCUGCGACUUCCGCGAGGACGACUCGGUGCACGCCUACCACCGCGCCACGAACGCCGACUACCGCGGCAGCGGCUUCGACCGUGGCCACUUGGCCGCCGCCGCCAACCACCGCUGGAGCCAGAAGGCCAUGGACGACACCUUCUACCUCAGCAACGUCGCGCCGCAGGUGCCUCACCUCAACCAGAACGCCUGGAACAACCUGGAGAAAUACAGCCGCAGCCUGACCCGCUCCUACCAGAACGUCUACGUGUGCACGGGGCCACUCUUCUUGCCCAGGACGGAAGCAGACGGCAAGUCAUACGUGAAGUACCAGGUGAUUGGCAAGAACCACGUGGCAGUGCCCACUCACUUCUUCAAGGUGUUGAUCCUGGAGGCAGCUGGCGGGCAGAUUGAGCUCCGCUCCUAUGUGAUGCCCAACGCGCCCGUGGACGAGGCCAUCCCACUGGAGCGCUUCCUGGUGCCCAUUGAGAGCAUCGAGCGGGCCUCAGGGCUCCUCUUCGUGCCCAACAUCCUGGCGCGGGCAGGCAGCCUCAAGGCCAUCACUGCAGGCAGCAAGUGAGACUGUGGGCGGGUGCUGAGACACAUUAAAGGUGGCUGUUUGUGA